CACAAGCUUCCUGUAUUUGGAACACAAUAUUCUUUUAUAUGGAUUACUUAUAAAUCUACCUGUCUGUGGAACCCUGUGCAGUUCCUGUGUCAGAGCCCAUUUUGGAAGACUCUUGUCUUAGAUACAGAACUUACACAGGUAAAGUUUUCUUUUGGAAGACGGUGGUGCUUUCCAUGAAAAACCCACCAAGGAUGGACACGGACAGAAACCGCAUGGCUGCGAGGAUAUUAGACCUCACCCUGGAGAUCAUCUACCUGAUAACUGGAGAGGAUUACACAGUAGUGAAGAAGUCGUCUGGUGAGUGUGUGACACCCCAUGUGUCAGGAGAAUGGAGCAGGACCCCAGGAGCCAUCACCGAGCCUCCACCUCAUUCCCUGAUACAUGAGCAGAAGAUCCAAGAACUUACCAACAGGAUCACUGAGCUGCUGACCGGAGAGGUUCCUAUAAGGUGUCAGGAUGUCACUGUCUAUUUCUCCAUGGAGGAGUGGGAGUAUUUAGAAGGACACAAGGAUCUGUACAAGGACGUCAUGAUGAAGGAUCACAAGCCCCUCACAUCACCGGAUGACUCCAGUAGGAGAAAUCAACCAGAGAGAUUUCCCCAUCCUAUAUUUUCUUGGGAUUGUCCAGAGGAAAAGCAGAAUUCCCCACUGGAUCGUCAGGAAAGUUGUGGUGGAACGAAGGGUGGACCUGAAAACCUCACAUCGGGGUCAAUGAAUGGUGAAGACUGGAUGAGAAUCCCCGACUCACAUCUCUUGCUAUCACCUGCUUAUACUGUAGAAGAGAAUCCAUCACAGAUCAAAAAAAGAACUGUACCUAGACAGGGUGAAAUGUUUGCAUGUUCUAAAUGCGAGAAUUACUUUAGAAUUCCAUUUACAUGCUCAGAAUGUGGGAAAUGUUUUCAACAGAAAGCAAAUCUUGUGGCACAUCGGCGAUGUCACACAGGAGAGAAACCUUUCACCUGUUCCGAAUGUGGGAAAUGUUUUAGCCAAGCAUCAAGUCUUGUGAGACAUCAAAGACGACACACAGGAGAGAAGCCAUAUUCAUGUUCAGAGUGUGGCAAAUGUUUUAACCAGAAAUCAAGUCUUGUGAGACAUCAGAGAAAUCACACAGGAGAGAAGCCAUUUCAGUGUUCAGAAUGUAGGAAAUGUUUUAACCAGAAAUCAGAUCUUGUGAAACAUCAAAGAAUUCACACAAGGUGGAAGCCAUCAUCAUAACCAAAAUGUGAGAAAUGUUUUAGCCACAGAUCUAGUUUUCUAGUACAUCUCAGAAUUCACAAAGAGCUGUACUCCUAUUCAGUCUUGUUCUUCAUUUGAGAACUCGCAAAAAGGAGAGAAAACAUAUUCAUGUUCAGAAUGUGGGAAAUGUUUUAACCACCAAUGACAUCUAGUGAUACAUCAAGGAAUUCACACAGGAGAGAAGCCAGUUUCAUGUGCAGUGUGUGGGAAAUGUUUUUGCCAGAGAUCACCAGUUGUGGAGCACCAGAAAACUCACACAGGAGAGAAACAUUGUUUAUGCUCAAAAUGCAGGAAAUGCUCAAUAUGUUGGAAAUGUUUUAGUCAGAAAUCGGGUCUUGAGUUACAUCGGAGAACUCCCUCAGGUUAGAAGCCAUCUUAAUGUAAUGUUCAGAUAGUAUGAAAUGUGGCAGUCGUGGAGCUUCAGUGAAGUGCCUCAACGUUAGGAUGACUGUGUGAUGUAUUAGUUAAAGAUGUUGUCCAGGAUUAGAAGAUCACAGCUGCCUUUCUCCAAAAACAAUGUCACGUCUGUACACAGGUCAUGUGUGGUAUUGCAGUUCUGCCAUAUUCACUUCAAUACAGCCAGUUUGUCAACCCAGGCGUGGCACUGCUUCUACAAUUUCUACACUCUGCUACUGUCUCUGAUGACUAACACUAAUGUAAUCUGUGUAUUUAUUCCAGGUCAUUUUACACUGUGAAUUAAUUGUUUUGCUAUGAAACUAUCAUGUUCAUGUAAUGUGCAUGGUUUACCAGCACGUGGCAUUGUAUAUGGCAGAGAGAGCUCUUUAGAUAGAAUGGAACUUACCAUUCCAUCCUCCCCCUUUUGAGCAGAAGUAGACCAGUCCUAGUCCUGCUUCCUACCAAGGGAAUAGUUGCAGGAAGCUACAGUUAAUUUAGUUUCGAGAAGACAUGAUACAUGGAUUAGUGAGGGGAAGGGUCCCCCUCCUGCAGCAGGAGUCUCCCCAGGGAAGCAGCUCAGAGAUCACCAUGACUUCUUGCAGAUUUACAGACAGAGUAUUACUAGGGGGUCAACAGCCAAAGGCACCCCACUCCAAAGGCACCAUAACAGUUAGCAAAUCCAGUAUUCAGACUGAAGCCUGAGUUUAGCAUAGCAGAGAAAGAUAUAGCAAUGUAUUCAAAAUUAGCUGCCAGUUUACCCCAAAACCUACUGGAACCAAGAGAAAGAACAAGUAUUGUCUGGAUGCAAGUUUAUUCAAGUGAGGCCUCAUGCACACGACCGUAGUUAUGGUCCGCAUCCGAGCCGCAGUUUUUGGGGCUCGGAUGCGGACCUUUUCAGUUCAAUGGGGCCGCAAAAGAUGCUGUCCGCGUCCGUUGCGCCGUUCCGAGGCCUCGCAAAAAAAAUAAUAUAGCAUGUACUAUUCUUGUCCGUUUUGCAGACAAGAAUAGGCAUGUCUACAAUGGGCCGCCUGUUCCGUUCUGCAAAUUGCGGAAGGCACACAGGCGCCUUCCAUUUUUUGCGGGUCCACGGUUUGCAGACCGCAAAAAACAGCACGGACGUGUGUAUGAGGCCUAAAGCUGUUGAACUUUCACCAAGUCUGGACUCCACUUAUUCUCCACCUCCUACAACUCUCCCCUUUUAAUGCUCCGGAGCCUAAUCCUGGGGAGCGACGGUAUGCAGGUAGGAGCACCGUAACACACACAAAACUAAUAGAGCGGCAUCACCAGUCAACAUUCCUAAAAACCUGGGACCAGAUCGGCCCUUGGGUGGCAGCACGUUGCACAAAGCAGUUUGCAAGAGGAAGGCAGCAGCAUUCUGUGUAUAAUCAUUUCUUAAAAAAUAACAAGAAACAUUAAAAACAUUAGUGAUAAUAAAAAAUGACCAACAGGUUUGAUGCCCCCCAUGGACCCAGUAAAAAAAUAAAAAAAAAUAAAAGAUCUGGAAUUUUAUUCUAUAUGGGAUAGUCUUAUAGGAAUAUUCUUGUAGUCGAAGUACAAACCGGAUUUCAAAAAAGUUGAGACACUAUA